AGGAGAAACAGCAGUGCCUGCGGCUCCCACUCACCAAAGGGGGCCCGUGGGGGGGCGGUGUCAGGGGCAUGGGCACCACCCCCCAAGGGUCUCUGCUGCCGGCUACUCUCCUCUGCACACGCUCCCUCCCCGGCCCCCCGGCGCGACCCAGGUACCCGGCCUGGGGUGGCCGGCGGUGUCCCUGCCAGGCACGCGCACACCGCCGCCGCCAUGGCGCAGGAGAACGCGGCCUUCUCUCCGGGGCCCGAGGAGCCGCCGCGGCGCCGGGGCCGCCAGCGCUACGUGGAGAAGGACGGCCGGUGCAACGUGCAGCAGGGCAACGUGCGCGAGACGUACCGCUACCUGACGGACCUGUUCACCACGCUGGUGGACCUGCAGUGGCGCCUCAGCCUGCUCUUCUUCGUGCUGGCCUACGCGCUCACCUGGCUCUUCUUCGGCGCCAUCUGGUGGCUGAUCGCCUACGGCCGCGGCGACCUGGAGCACCUGGAGGACACCGCGUGGACCCCGUGCGUCAACAACCUCAACGGCUUCGUGGCCGCCUUCCUCUUCUCCAUCGAAACAGAGACCACCAUUGGCUACGGGCACCGCGUCAUCACCGACCAGUGUCCCGAGGGCAUCGUGCUGCUGCUGCUGCAGGCCAUCCUGGGCUCCAUGGUGAAUGCCUUCAUGGUGGGCUGCAUGUUCGUCAAGAUCUCGCAGCCCAACAAGCGCGCGGCCACGCUCGUCUUCUCCUCGCACGCCGUGGUGUCCUUGCGUGACGGGCGCCUCUGCCUCAUGUUCCGCGUGGGUGACCUGCGCUCCUCACACAUCGUGGAGGCCUCCAUCCGCGCCAAGCUCAUCCGCUCCCGCCAGACCCUCGAGGGCGAGUUCAUUCCGCUGCACCAGACCGACCUCAGCGUGGGCUUCGACACGGGCGACGAUCGCCUCUUCCUUGUCUCGCCGCUGGUCAUCAGCCACGAAAUCGACGCCGCCAGUCCCUUCUGGGAGGCAUCGCGCCGCGCCCUCGAGAGGGAUGACUUCGAGAUCGUUGUCAUCCUAGAGGGCAUGGUGGAAGCCACAGGAAUGACAUGCCAAGCUCGGAGCUCCUACCUGGUGGACGAGGUGCUGUGGGGCCACCGCUUCACAUCAGUGCUAACCCUGGAAGAUGGCUUCUAUGAGGUGGACUAUGCCAGCUUCCAUGAGACCUUUGAGGUGCCCACACCUUCAUGCAGCGCCCGGGAGCUGGCAGAGGCUGCAGCCCGUCUUGAUGCCCAUCUCUACUGGUCCAUCCCCAGCAGGCUGGAUGAGAAGGUGGAGGAGGAGGGGUCAGGGGAGGGGGCAGGUGGGGAUGCUGAGGCCGACAAGGAGCAGAAUGGCCGCCUGCCACCCCCAGAGAGUGAGUCCAAGGUGUGACCAGCUUCGUCCAGACUCUUGUGGCAAGUACAUGGGCAGCUGGACAGUGGAGGUGGAAGAGGAAGAGUCAGGCAAGGGAAUAUGUUCAAGUUGGAGAGGCCCUUUGAAUCUAAGGUCCAGUAGGGAAGGGAAGGGUCCUGAUUUCAGGAGAAUGGAGGAUGGGAAUAGAUGAACUUGCCAAUCCAUCUGACCUUCACACCUCUUAAGGGGUGAAAGGAUCCAUGAAAGGAUGGGUUUAUGGGGAUAGGAUGGAAAGGUGGGGCAGACAGAAACACUUGAUGGACAGGUGAAUGGACCAAUGGACAGUUUAGUGCACUCAAGUGCUGCCACUACCCAUAGCACACCUCUGUGCAAAUUCUAAAUUGGCAUCUGACAUCCUUUCCCCACAACUCCAAACCAGGGUGCAUGGCUUGGCGAACAGUGUGAGGGUUUGAUUGCAGUCCCUGCCUACCUCCUCAGCUAGGCUACCUGCGUGUGGCACACCUGUCUCCCUGGACACAGUGGCCCAAGAAGGGAGAGAGCAGGUGAGGUGAAGGUGAGUACAGAGCUCCUUCCUCCCACCGACAGCUAAGCAGGGAGAUAAAGGGUUCAGGAGAGCUCAGCACAGUGCCCAUGGCCUUUGUCCUCCCUGCAUAGGGAAGCAGACAGUGGGGACAGAUGCUGGACUGGGCCCCUGGAACAGGGCCUGGAAAGGAGACCCAGAGAUGGCUGUUUUGUGACAGCAAAGAGAAAGGCUCAUGAAGCAGAAGAAAGGCCAGGGGAGCACUCUACAAAGCAAGUUCAGGGGAGUAAAGGCGCUGAGAAAAAGGUUGUCUUUAGGGCAAGGGUUGGGAGUUAACAGAACCAUUGAUUGGGUGCCAGGUACAGUACGCAUCCCACGAGCUGGUCCCAUCACCUCAACACAGUGCACUAGGGAAGAACAGGAUCGCUGACAACAAAAUGUAGCUGGCACAGUUCACACUAAGAACCCAUGCAAUCUGGGAUGGGGGUGAAGCAGCUAGUAAGGAUUGAGUAAGGCAGAGGGAACGGUGAGAGCCAGAAGUUGGAAAACGUCAGCAUCACCUGGAGGGCUUGUUAAAAACCAAGUGCUGGGCCCCACUCCCAGGUUUCUGACUCAAUAGGUAUGGGAUACAAACAAAAACUUGACAUGACUAACAAGUUUCUAGGUCAUGCUGAUACUGCUGGGCGAGGACCACACUCUGACGGAGUGUAGAGACUGAGACAUAUUUGGAGAGAAGAUGGAGAUCCUCAGAGAGCAGAGAGAAAUGUGAAAGGAGAAUAGAGAAUGUAUGGGACAGGCGACAUGAGUCUAGGCCGAAGAGUUUUAAUUGUGGGUCUAAGAAACUCAGCUGUCAGUGGAAAUCAGCCAGUUGCAAGGUGGUGUGAAGGAAGAUGAGUGGGCAAGGAAAGUUGAGAUAGUUUGGUCUUUGGGGUGAUUCCUGAGGAGCCAAUGGGGAGCUAGAGUGGUAAAGGCUUGAAUAGCAAAGGAUCAGAUCUCUUGUAAGAUGUGAAGAGGCAGAACCCACUAUGAGAGAAAAAGGGAAUCAGAUUACAAGGGUGUCUCUAUUGGGUUAGGGGCCCCAGGAGAAGCAUUUUCUCACCCCACCUGCACCCUGUGCUGGCCUUGUCCCAGUCAGGAUGAGAGCUAUACCCUCAAGGGUCCCAAGACUGGCCUCCUGAAGCAAAGCGCAGCCCAGGUAGAAAGCUCCUGCUUUCUGACAGGGUCAACCACAGUGACAGCACUGGCCUAGCAAGGCUCUGGCUCCUGAGUACAAGUUUGAGCCCUCUGGAGGUAGGCAGGGACCAAGGCCUCUCACCCCCAGCCUAUGGGGCGCUGUACCUCCUGGAAGCAGGAAAAGUCAUCACAGAGGAAGCCCACCCUAGUUUGCAUUGAGAGAGGAUCCAAGCCUCAGUCCCCUCA